AUGAGCGAUGAAGGAGCCAGCCCAGAAGAGCAGCUUCUGUCUGCCUGCAUGAUGGAUCAGCCGCACCUGGUCAAGGAGCUGCUGCGCGGCCAGCAGCCGGUCAAUGUCAACUUUAAGAAUGGGCUCGGCUUUACCGCACUGCACUAUGCAGCCCAGCAGGGAUCAGUCGAGUGCGUAAAGGCACUGGUUGGCGCACGUGGCUUGCAGCCUAACAUCCAAGAUAAUCUCGAGGGCGACACGCCUCUACACAAGGCGCUGACACACUGCGACAGCUCUGAAACUGCGCUGGAGAUCGCCAAGCUUCUUGUGAGCGCUGGCGCCGACCCGCGCAUUGUCAAUCGGGAGAAACAGCGCCCUGUAAAUCUGACGGAGCCUGAAGAGGAGGACAUUCGCCGUCUGCUUUUGCAAGCGACACUUGCCCUUCAGAUUCGGCACGAUAAGGUCGAGGGGGCAGAGGACGGAGACUACUCUAGCGACUAA